AUGAACAGAUCAUGGUAUUGGAAUGAAGAAGAACGAUUUCGACCAUUAGAUUUACCAAACAAGACAUGCACGAUUAUCUAUUGUGGAGCUAAUACAGCUGGAACUGAUGGUCUUCAUUUUGCACUUGCAUAUCCAUCAUGUCAUAUUUAUUUUCUUGAACCAGUACUUCCAUUUUACGAAGAAUUAAUACAUUCUUCUCGUAUACGAAACCUUUUGACAAGUGAUCGUUCAUCAUUAUAUCAUAUAUAUCCAUUUGGACUAUCAAAUCGAUCAUAUUUGGUUAAUAUUAAUGAAAAGUCUUUCUCUCAAGGACAAAGUUUAUCUUUAACCGAUCAUACACAGUCAUUAUCAAACAAUUAUUAUAAACUCAUUGUUCGAGAUGUUGCAGAAAUUUUAUUUGAAUUUAAAAUAUUGAAAAAAACGGUCUCAUCAAUUGAAAAUGAACUUAGUUUAUUACAUAUGAAUUGUGAAGGAUGUGAAUACGAUGUCGUUGAGAGAUUAUUGACAACAGGACUCAUAAAACACAUUCGACAUCUUCAAUUUGGAUCUCAUCGACCGAUUGAAAUACAAUCAACAGUAGCGGAACGUUAUUGUUCCAUUCAAAAUUCUCUCAAUAUAUCACAUGAUCGUAUUUUUGGAAUUCCAUGGGGUUGGGAAAGAUGGACUCAUCGAAAUCUUUCAAUAUCAAACCUAUAA